AUGGAGAACUUGCAGAUGCUCCUCCGAGGAAGCGGUGUUGUUGAUUAUACGGCUUGGACUGAUGGGGGACCGGCGCAAGGUGAGAUUUUGUGGAGAACUGUGCGCGCGCUCGUAGCAGGCGAGUCAUCACGGAAUAUGGAGAAAUUGAUUUCACCGCAUAGUAGCGAUCUUUCGUUCUGCUGCUUGAAGGGUACCGAAAUGUAA